AUGGUUCGCUCGCCGUCGGUCAAGCAUGGCAAGCGCAAGGCCCGAGCCGUCUCACCAGAUGAAGACAACACUGAAGACCUCGUCGAAGAGCUCAUCGCGCGCGCGACCAAGCCAGAGCACAAACGACUGAAGUCCUCGCUCAGUGCUGCGCGGCGCGAGACGAAUGCUGGGCUCAAGUCAAAGCAGAAGGGGAAGGGGAAGGGUGUCGCCCACAAAGUGACGAAGGCCGUGGUCCAGGCAGCAGGCCCCUCAGGCUCCGAGUCUCGCAAGACCUCAUCGUCGUUGUUGAAACAUGCACCCCUUGAGGUUGGUUGUAUCUUAUUGUUGCCGCAUGGGUUGAAGGACAAUGGUGACAUCCGAACGUCGUCGGCAUACACAACAAGCCAACUGGAAAUGUAUAAGCGCUGUGGGCUCGCCGUCACGGAGACUCCAGGUGACGACAGGAUCCUCAUUUCACCUGACAUCACUCGGGAUGAUAUCAACGACCUCCUCAAGGCUUGCUUCCCAUUAUAUUUUGACUGGCUCGCUGCUCAAGGGGUAGACAUUGGAUCAUCCUACCAUUGGAGGAUUGUGGCGAGGGAUAGGCGGCGCGUGAUCAUCCCUUACUUCAACGACAACCGUCCUAUGGACUUUGUGGGGAUCUGCAGAGCAGUCCAUGGUAAGACCAGUCGCUGGCAAGACCGAACGUGGUGCUUCGUAUCGUCCAUAUCUAUCCCGAAAUCAGUGUGGCAAUCGUGGGGCACUACCCAAAGUGCAGUGGAUGUUCCUCAACGCAGGGACUGGACCGACACUCAGCUCGCGAACUACGCUCCCAGCUCGGACAGCGACUCAGACGAGCAGGUCGGUUCAAAGCCAGAUGUUGGCUCUUCGUCAGAUGCAGAGGCCGAAUCGGGCGAUGAAACUGAUGUGUCGGAAUGGGCAGCACCAGCUCAUAAAUCGAAGACAAGUCGGAAGCUCGGGAAAGUGGUCGCAACUCUUGGAAGUAGUCUCGCGAGCAUCCAGCUCGGCACCCCAGAGCCUGAGCCUGGAACUGGUAAUUCAGUUGCAGGUAGCUCGUCUAAUGCAACUGGCCCAGCCAGCACGAGUGAGCUUGGCUCAGCAGCAAAUCCGAUCGUUUUCAGCUCCUCAGUGGAAGACCUUGGCGAAGUGUCCCUCGAAGCCAGCCCCGAACGACCUCCCUUCACUCAACCCUUCUCUUCGCAAGCAGGAUCCUCAAGGGAAACCCGCGCAUCUGUGUGGAUCCCACCCCCUGUGACGAUGUCGAGGGGUGAAGUUGCCGACGACCCGUGGGCUUACUAG